AUGUCCGUCACUCUGCAUACGAAUCUCGGUGACAUUAAAAUCGAGGUAUUUUGCGAGAGCGUGCCCAAGACAGCGGAGAACUUUCUUGCUCUAUGCGCCUCGGGCUACUACAAUGGCUCGCUCUUCCACAGACUCAUACCGAACUUCAUGAUCCAAACCGGAGCUCCGCCCUCACAGCCCAAGGGAGGUGUUUCGAUAUGGGAGGAGCCUUUCGAGGACGAGAUUCGGCCUACGUUGCGACACAACGCUCGAGGAAUAGUCAGCAUGGCAAACAAGGGCCCGGCAACGAACGGCAGCCAGUUCUUCAUAUGCCUCGACAAGGCGCCUCAUUUGGACGGGAAGAAUACGGUGUUUGGGCAUAUCUUGGGGGAUGAUAGCCUGGCAACGAUCACGAAGAUGGAAAAGGUCGAGGUGGACAAGAAAAGUCGGCCGAAGGAGCAGAUCAAGAUUGAAAGCAUUUCAAUGCAUGCGAAUCCACUGGCAGGUUAA